AUGAAACAUCAAACCCCCUCCCUUUUCUUUCUCCUGCUACUUCUUCGUCGGGUCUGGUUCUCCCACCUUGAGCUCGCCGAAAAAGUCCUCAAUUCCGACCGCUGGAACGUGUACAAGAACUUUCAAUUAGCGAGAAAGGUGGAGAAGCUUGAAAAGAAUAUUUCAAGGUUCUUGCAAACUACUGUGCAAGCUCAUGUGCAUCAUCUAAGGUUCGAUUCGGCGGAGAGGUUUGAUCGGCUUGAGGGUUCGGCUCGAAGGUUGGAGCAGCGGCUUGGAGCGAUGAAGAUGGGGGUUCAUGAGGGAGGGUGGUUGGAGGAGGCGGUGAAGAGGGUGAAGGAAAAAGAGAGGUGGUACGAGGGUGGUUUGGUAAAUUUGGGUGUGGGGGCAGGGAUGGAGAUGGCGAAGAGGAAGGUGAAGGAGAUGGUGAUUAGGAGGGACGAUUUGGGUGUUGUUGGGAUUUGUGGGAUUAGUGGAAGUGGAAAGACCACUUUGGCCAGGGAGAUUUGUAGAGACAAUCAAAUUCGCAAUAACUAUUUCCAUAUCAAUUAA